AUGCGCACGCACGCACACACACACACACACACACACACGCACAAGCACAAAUGCACACAAGCACGCACGCACACACACACACACACACACACACACACACACAAGCACAAACACACACACACACACACACACACACAAGCACAUAUCAUAUUUUGCAAUAGAUGUGAUGUCUACCAGAUCUCUCUCCCUCCUAACAACUGUCCAUUGCCCCCACCCCACCCCACCCCCUGCCUCCCCCUCCAGGCACCAAUCUGUCUGAGGACCACCUCUCCUCACUGCAGAGACUUCAUGAUGGAAAGCAGGGGGACGCAAAGGGGUCCCGAGGGGGUGUCGGCAGGCACCAGCAGGGUCUCUUCCUCCUCUUCCUCUUCCUCAUGUCCCUCCGCCACGCGACCGGAGGAAGGCCCUAAGGAGAAACAGGAAAUGCCCGAGGCUGAGUACCUGACGUCACGUUGCAUCCUCUUCACGUACUACCAAGGGGACAUCAGCAGUGUGGUGGACGAACACUUCUCCAGGGCUCUCAGCUCCUACAUGGAGGGAGAGGGCAAGAGGAGGGCAUCGGACCUGGGCACAGGUAGGGUAGACACAGCUAGGAGUGUGUGUGUGUCGGAGUCUGUGUGUGUGUGUGCCACUGUGUGUGUGACAGGUGAGGUCAGAGGACACGUGUGUGUGUGUGUGGACAGAAAAUGGCAGCAGUGGACAGAAAGUCCUGUUGUCCACUGCCCUGUUGGGAUCAGAGGUUAGGAAGGCUUGCAGGUCAAGAGUCAGGGAUAUUAUUAAACAUGCUUGUGAGAUUCUUCAGGCUCUCAGUUAAGUGUGUUUUGGGUAGUCAGGUGUGCUUUGAUGAUAUUAAGCACAAGCAGAUACAGAUCAACAGGCUUAGAAAUGACAGUAUGUCAUACAUUCAUGUGACAUUGUAGAGAGAACCAGGUAAAUAUACAAUGUCUUACACAAAGAGGCUGCCAUUACGUGGAUUAAUGGAUUAUUAUCAAUCAGUGGACAUUUGCUCUAUAAUCAAUAACAGGUGCAGACAGUGCAGAGGGUUUUUAUAUUCCUCUCUCAUCAACCAAUGUCUUCACAUUAACUGUAUUCGACAGCAAUAUGUUUGUACAAAUUGUUUCAACUUUCACUGCUCUCGAUCAUUUUCUCCACAUUUACAUUUACCAUUUACCUCAACCAAACAUAAGUAGUGCUCAGCCUGUCCCCCCUCUCUCUCCCUCUCUCUCCCUCCCUCCCUCUCCCUCUCUCUCCCUCUCUCUCUCUCUCUCUCUCUCUCUCUCUCUCUCUCUCUCUCUCCCUCCCUCACUCUCCCUCUCUCUCCCUCUCUCGCCCGCUCUCUCCCUCUCUCUCCCUCUUCCUCUCUCUCUCUCUCUCUCUCCCGCUCUCUCCCUCUCUCUCCCUCUCCCUCUCUCGUUGGAUGUCUUCAUCCGGCACACAGACUGGCUUCCUGCCUCACAACAGAUACUAUGUUUAUACGCAGGUGUAAGCAUAGAACCCUGCGGGCCGGCGGCACCACAAUGGCCAAAGCCUGAUUUAACACUCCACCAGUUUGAUUGAGUCUCUGUUUUUUUUUCCAGAGCAAUUCUAAAUAUAAAAAGUAAUGGCUAAAAGCCAAAACUGGCACACUGAUAUUCUGCUUUAGGCAAACGGGAGGGGGUGGAGGAGAGGGGGGCAGAAAAAACAACAGGUGGGGUGGGAGGGGUGAAGAGGUGAGGGAGGUGUGGAGGGGUGAGGGAUGAGGUAAGGGGGCUGAGGGGAGUGGAGGGGCUGCUGGGAGGGCGAGGGGUCUCUCGCUCUCUCUCUCUCUCUCUGUCUGAAUCUGUCUCUUUCUCUCAUAUUUCUAUCUGUAGGCUGCAGUAGGCUACUGUUGGUGGGACUGUAUGUACAUAUGAUCAAUAUACUGUAUCUGGGCCAGUGGGUGUGAAAACCAUGUGACCUAAAUAAUGUUGUCAUGACUUGCAUGCAUCUUUCCCAGGCCGUCCAAUACGUGUCUGUAAAUCAUGACAUGCCACACAGCAACUGUCCGUGACAUGUGCCUAAACCUGAUCUUUGUUUACCUCCCCCUCUCGCUCUCUCUCUCUCUCUCUCUCUCUCUCCUCUCUCUCUCUCUCUCUCUCUCUCUCUCUCUCUCUCUCUCGCGCUCUCUCGCUCUCUCGCUCUCUCUCAGACACCCCUUCACCCAGCAGUCGCCGCAGCUUCCCCCCCUCCUUCUGGGAUAGCAACUACCCCUCCCCCCAGUGUCGCUCCCACUGCGAGCCCAGAGCACCCACCUAUUCCAUGGACCCCUACGCUUCCGGACUCCACCCGGGCCUUCCUCACCCCCACGCUCACACUCACCCCCACCCCCACACUCACCCCCACUCGCACCUGCACCCAUCAGAGGGGUGGGGCUACGCACAGAGCCAAGCCUACGGGCCCCCCAGGCCCCUCCAUGAACUCUACUCCCCCAGCGGCCUGGAGCCCCACCUCCCCUACGGCCCCCUGCUUAUGCCCACGGUGC